AUGGAUGCAAAUUCAGUUAAAAGCAUAAAACAGAUAGAAGGAAGAAAAGGAAAGGAUGGAUAUCUGCUACUAGAACUAAGUAAUGAAACAGAGAGUGAGAAAUGGAUCCAAGCCGCAAAAAUGAAGAUGUUAAAAAUUUAUGAUAUUCUUCCAAAUGCGCCAAUGAUAUUUGAUGAGGGUAAAGAUAGAAUUAUGUUAAGACGCGCACUCACAAAGGCAAAUAAGAUAAUCUUGUGGAAUGCAAAAAAACAAUUAGGUUCCGAAUACAAGUACAUAUGGUUUAAAAAUGGAAACAUUUUCGCGCAAAAAGGAGACAAAGACAAGAUCAUAACCAUUAGUUGCAUCGAUGACAUCCAAAAACUAACAAAAAAAAACACUAUUCAGUCCCAAAAUACAGAAGAAACGGAAGUAGUUACUUAG